GAGAAGAGUACACUUAACUAACCAGACCAAAAUUACCCUGUAAAGAGCUCGUGUCAAGUUUACAAAGAUGUCCUAUUACGAACAUAUAAUAUUUGAGGAUGACAACAGUUCCGAGUCUGGGUCGGGAGACAUCGGAAGCGAUUUUGAUGAACCGUGCGAUCCUGACUUCAGCCAGGACUUCAAGCGGGUCUUCCUCCCGACUGUGUACGGAAUCAUCUUUAUUUUGGGUUUAAUAGGCAACGGACUUGUGGUACUGGUCAUGGGUUGCCAGAGAAAGUCCAGAACGAUGACGGACAAGUAUCGCCUGCACCUCUCUGUGGCGGACCUACUGUUCGUUCUCUCGUUGCCUUUCUGGGCUGUGUACGCCGCCAGUGACUGGUACUUCGGUAGUUUCAUGUGUGCGGCUGUGCACAUGAUAUACACGGUGAACCUUUAUAGCAGCGUGCUCAUCCUCGCAUUUAUCAGUCUGGACCGCUACCUCGCCGUGGUGCGUGCCACCAACAGCCACGCACCGAGGAAGCUCCUGGCUGAGCGUGUCAUCUAUGUAGGCGUGUGGCUUCCCGCUGCCCUGCUCACUGUGCCGGACCUGGUUUUUGCCAAGGCGGAGCAUGGUGAAUCCGGGACCAUCUGCACCCGGAUCUACCCGCUCGAGUCGAACACGACCUGGAUGGUUGUCUUCCACUUACAACACAUUCUGGUAGGCUUCGUGCUACCGGGGUUGGUUAUCCUCAUCUGUUACUGCAUCAUCAUCUCCAAACUGUCUCGGGGCUCGAAGGGCACGCAGAAGCGCAAAGCUCUGAAGACGACCGUUGUUCUUAUUUUAUGUUUCUUUGGCUGUUGGAUGCCCUAUUGCGGAGGAAUACUGGUUAACACGCUGAUGAAUCUAGACGUGGUACCUUACAGCUGCGAGUUGCGGCAACGUGUGGAGAAGUGGAUCUUCAUAACGGAAGCUCUGGCUUAUUUCCAUUGUUGCCUCAACCCCAUCUUGUACGCUUUCCUCGGGGUGAAGUUUAAGAAGUCUGCCCGCAGUGCGCUCUCAGCCAGCCGCGGAUCCAGUCUCAAAAUCCUGCCCAAGAAGCGCGGCGGAAUGUCUUCCGUCUCCACGGAGUCUGAGUCCUCAAGCUUCCACUCUAGUUAACCCACAAAAUGGACUGAGACAUGUUGGUUUAUCACCUAAACAUCAGGGAUUUCAACCGAACUGUAUAUAUUUACACAUUCUGUCAUUACCUGUGGACUUGAACAAGCCAGCGGUGAAUUGAGUCCUGUGCGCAUUAAAAUGUACUGAAGCACGAUGUACAAUGAACGGGCUGAGC